AUGGUAUAUCGCCCUGCUUUAAAACCCUUCACGUUGAAGUCGAAACCCUAUCCACAUGCAUCUUUUGUCCAUGGGCCCAGUGCGAUGAACAUAUCUCAACCGCUCUCUCGAGCGUCCACUGUGGCACAAAUAAAUGUGCAAAGACUGUUUCAUGAAAGUAGCCCGGACAAGGGAUACAGAGGCUCAUACAUAUUGCCUCGAAUUCCUCGUCCCAAGAGAUCUGUGUUUUACUACACGACAUGGACAAGGAACAGCAAGAAGCUCAAGAUACCAGGGCUCAGUCUUUCGAAACGGCCAUUCAGCUCUGCUCCAACUCAGAUAAAGAAGAAGACCCAGGGUAUCCGAAGACGUUUCUUUUCGGCGGAAGCACGCCGCAAACGGAAAGAGAAGCGUAUGUUCGUCCGGUGGUGGACUUUGACCUCUAUUGCUGUCGUCUUGGGUGGAGUUGCAGCAAAAAUCAGAUAUGAAAAGGCUAUUCACGAUCAGGACGAUGAUGACGAGUUUUUCAGCCUGGAUACCAUCAGACCGCAGUCAUGGCACUUGUAUGCAUACUCGACUCUCCCAUUGAAGGCCAUCUCGAGGUUAUGGGGCCAGGUAAAUUCCAUUGAUUUGCCAGUCUGGUUGCGCAGCCCAUCGUACAGACUUUAUUCUGCCAUUUUUGGCGUUAACUUGGACGAAAUGGACGAGCCAGACUUGACCACAUACAACAAUUUGUCUGAAUUUUUCUAUCGAAAAUUAAGACCAGGAGUGCGUCCUAUUGCAGACUCAGAUUUGGUUUCUCCAGCAGAUGGGAAAGUUCUCAAGUUUGGAGUGAUCGAGAACGGUGAAAUCGAACAGGUGAAAGGGAUGACGUACUCCAUUGAUGCCUUACUUGGCUUAUCAGCGAAAAAGUUAGCUGCACCUACACACUCUUUGGAAUUCGACUACGAUGCCUCCCAUGAAGCUGUAAUUAAAAGAGAUGAAGAGUUUGCUCGGUUGAACGGAAUCACUUACUCUCUUGAUGAUUUCCUUGGCGGUGAGAGCGAAGAAACGUACCAUUUAAGCCAAUUGGAAUACAAGGACAAAGGAGACGGUACUGCGAAAGGUGCAAAGCCCUCAAUGCAGAAAGAUUUGAGUGUUGCCCAAAACUUGGCGCCUACUCCUUUAGAACGUCUCAAUCUAAGCAAGCAUAACAACUUGUACUUUGCAGUGAUUUAUUUGGCUCCGGGGGACUACCACCGUUAUCACUCCCCUACUAACUGGGUUACAACUUUGAGACGUCACUUUAUCGGAGAGCUUUUCUCUGUUGCACCAUUUUUCCAGAAAACCUUACAAGGCUUGUUUAUUUUGAACGAGCGUGUGGCGCUCUUAGGAUACUGGAAGUAUGGUUUUUUCUCCAUGAUUCCUGUUGGGGCUACCAACGUGGGAAGCAUUGUCGUGAAUUUCGACAAGGACUUAAAGACUAACGAUGUUUAUGAGCACGAAAUCUACCGCCAAAGAUCACCAUCUCCUGGUUUGAGUGAUGACGAGCGUACUCCAUUGUUGAAAAGUGAUUCGUCUUCAAGCAUUGACAGUGUUUCCAGCGACAAGCCAAAGCGUUUGAGAAAAAACACCGUUUACGAAGCAACGUACACUGGUGCUAGCAGAUUGUUGGGGGGUUUUCCCUUGAGCAAAGGCGAAGAAGUGGGCGGUUUCAAGUUGGGGUCGACGGUUGUUUUGGUCUUCGAGGCUCCCGACAAUUUCCAUUUCAAUCUCGAGGUGGGCCAGAAAAUCAAAAUGGGUGAAUCCCUUGGUGACUUUGCAUAG